UUUUUCUGUCAUGGCUUCUGGCGGGGAGAAUCUUAUAGACGAGUUUGAAGCUGCAUUUCAGACAUGCUUUUCUUCAAUACUAAAUCAAGAUCAUUUUAAUGGCGUUGAUUCAGACGAAACUAAAACAGGAGUGGAGCUGUCUAUUCAAAAGUUUUUAGAUGUUGCAAAGCAGAAUGAAGCAUGGUUUAUUCAGAAAAGAAUGCUGCUUUCGGUUCACAAACCAGAACAAAUCAUCAUGGAGGAAACCCAAGAUCUGAAAAAAGAACUUAUACGCAAAGAACAACUUAUACAAAAACAUUAUGAAAAACUUCUUCAGUGGCAGAGCAUGUUGAGAGAUGGAAUUUCAGGGGCACAGACAUCAAUGCCAGCGGGCCAGCAACAACAACAACAGCCCCACCAGCCUUCCACUCCUGCUGCUUCUCAGACCCCAGGAGGGCAGCAAUCACAAGGACAGAUGUAUCCUCAUGGACCUUUGGCUUAUCUCGAACAAACUAUGUCCAAUAUUAGGUAGCAUCUGUGGGUAUUUUUAUGGAUUAUAUUUUGCUUUCAGUAAGGAAGUGACUAUUAGAAAAUAUUAAGUGGUUGAGCUACCAUGAAGUUUGUUGCUUCAGCCUCACUAGAAUUGAAAAUGAAAUAUCAAGGUCAGAUAUCUUUCAAGCCCGAUUGGCUGACAAAGUGGAAUACAAGUCAUUAAGUAAUGAAGCAAUACUGACACAAACAAAAAGCAGCAGUGACAUCAUUUAGUAUACAAAUGAUAUUUGUAUGGGAAACAUUUUACAAAAUCAUGUUAAAGAGAAAAUUAUAGAAAAAGUUGGUCAAAAUAAAAAGAUCAAGAAACUGAA